AUGGGCAUCUUUGGAAAACGUCGUGAGGCGGCGCCCGCAGGCGCUGCUGCCACCGGCCACGCCAACGGUCACCAUAACGGCGUCACCAGCAAGCGCCGCGGCGCUGAGCCUUACUCCAUGUCUACCCGUCCCAGCUUCGGGCAAUGGCUCAAGGGCACCCUCAUCGACAUUAUCACCAUGAUCUGUAUGGGUGCUAUCGGUCUCGGAAUAUACAUGGCACCUCCUGCCCCGAACCGUUCUUUCGCCGUCACCUUCGCCGAUGGUGAAGUUGUCUACCCUCAAUUUGCCUACCCUAUGCGCAACGAAGUCGUUCCCAUUUGGCUUGCUGCCUUCCUCGCUUCCGUCAUCCCCAUCUGCAUCAUCCUCCUCAUGCAGAUCCGCAUCCGCUCCUUCUGGGACGUCAACAACGCUGUCAUCGGCCUUCUCUACUCCCUCAUUUGCGCCGCCGUUUUCCAGGUCUUCAUCAAGUUCCUCAUCGGUGGCCUGCGCCCUCACUUCCUCGAGGCUUGCCAGCCCGAUCUGUCUCGUGUCACUACUAGCCAGGGUGGCAUCGCCCGCACCGGAUACAGCGCCGCUGGAUUCCAGAGCUUGUACGUUACCAAGGAGGUUUGCACCGGCGAUAUGAAGGAGAUCAACGACUCUCUCGAGAGUUUCCCCAGUGGACACACCACCGCUGCCUUCGCCGGCUUCGGCUACCUCUACCUGUACCUCAACGCCAAAUUCAAGGUCUUUUCCGACUACCACCCCGCCAUGUGGAAGUUGAUCAUCACCUACAUCCCCAUCCUUGGUGCCGUCCUCAUCGGUGGCGCGCUCACUAUUGACGAGUUCCACAACUGGUAUGACAUCUUCGCCGGUGCCGCCAUCGGAAUCACCUUUGCCUUCUCCUCUUACCGCAUGACCUACGCUGCCAUCUGGGACUUCCGCUUCAACCACAUUCCCCUGAACCGUGGCCAGGCUCUUAACUACGGUGCCGAGGCUGAGUUGUACGAUGCUGUCUUCACCCGCAAGGCCGGUUGGGGCAAGCGCGGCGGUGGUGGUAUCCUGCACCGUGAGAAGCACCACGGCCAUGGCCAUGGUGCUUCCACUGGCGCCGGUGUGAACGACUACGGCGAGCCCGUUGGAACCCGCAAGCCCGUUGGCUCUGGAUCCCGCCACCCCGAUGCGAUGGUCUAA